CAUUAGAAAAAAACAACAACAAAUAACAAAUUAAGAAUAAAAAAUAUAAUUGUUGUAAAUUUUCGUAUUCAAGGUUACAAUAAAAAUAAUUCAAAUUUAAAUCAAUCAACCAAAAAGAAAUAAAAUAAUUACAUAUAAAUUUAUUCGCAAUUUAAAACAAAUUUAAGGAAAAUCAAUUUAUAUAUUGUAUAUGCGAGCACACUGCCGCACGGUUUAAUUUCAAAAGAAAGUGAACGAGUGAGUGAGAGAGCGAGAGAGAGUGAGUUUGCAAGCGUGCAAUAGAGUGAAUCAUCAACAUUUUAUUUAAAUAUUCACAACACUUUAUUCAAAGAUGACGGAAAACGAACCUCUUAACGAAACGUCAUCGCAACCGAAUGGUCAAAUUGUACACACCGAUCAGCAGCACAAUAGAUUAACAAAUGGCGACUGUCAGCAGCCAACGUUAAACGGUCAAUAUUUGAAGGAAGCCACAACAAACGGUGUCAGUUCUAUAAAUCACAAGACAUGCAACAAUAAGAAUUGUAAUAAAAAUAACAGUAAUUCUUCGGCGGAGGUUCACAUCGAAGCGCCAUGUUGUCGAGAUAUACACGGCAAGGAGCCACCAGAUGGCGGCAUGCGGGCAUGGUUGGUUAUGGUUAGUGCAUUCCUCUGCAAUGGUGUGAUAUUCGGUAUUAUUAAUACAUAUGGAGUCAUACAUUCAUUGCUCACAGAUCGACUAGAAGCACAGGGUGACAAAGACGCGUCUAGUAAGGCUGCUCUGGUUGGUUCUCUUACAAUUGGUACAACAUUCCUCCUGUCGCCGGUAGCUGGUUGCUUGACGGACAAGAUUGGUUUGCGUCUGACGACACUAAUCGGUGGUUUGCUAUCCUCAGGCGGCUUACUACUUUCAUCGUUUUCUACCGAAAAUAUUGGUGCUCUUUACAUCACCUAUGGCCUUAUGUUUGGCUUUGGCGCUGCCCUGGCUUACACCCCAACACUGGCCAUAUUAGGCCACUAUUUUAAGCGUUACUUGGGCAAAGUAAGUGGCUUUGUUACAGCUGGUUCCAGUGUGUUCACUGUCAUUCUGCCGCCUGGCUUAGACUACUUAAUAAAAACUCAUGGCCUUGAAGUAACCUUGAGAAUAAUGAGUCUGAUUUCUGCUUUUAUAAUCAUCUGUUCAUUUGUCUACAAACCACUGCAUCCACCACCAGAACCACCAAAGAAUAAACCAGGACGUUCUAGAGCAAGCAUGAUCUUCCGUUCCAUAAUAAACGUUGAGAUUUGGAAGAGAAAGAAGUACGUUAUAUGGGCUUUGUGUGUACCACUCGCCCUGUUUGGUUAUUUUGUACCUUACGUGCAUAUGAUGAAAUUUGUACAGACCGUGUUCCCAGGAAGAAGUGAAAAUCUGCCGGUGAUGUGCAUUGGUAUUACUUCCGGCCUUGGACGACUGAUAUUUGGAGCCAUAGCAGAUCUGCCAGGUGUAAAUCGUAUUUAUUUACAACAAUUGUCAUUGGUGUGCAUUGGUGUGGUGACCCUGCUACUGCCGCUUACAAGUUCUUACAUCUUGUUAAUCGUAUUUAGUUUAGUUAUGGGCCUAUUCGACGGUUGUUUCAUAUCACUGCUGGGCCCUAUUGCCUACGAAAUCUGCGGUCCAUCUGGGGCCACACAAGCUAUUGGCUUCCUAUUAGGCUUAAGUUCAUUGCCACUCACAGUCGGUCCUCCAAUUGCCGGAAGAAUUUAUGAUGAAUUGGGAUCGUAUACACUGCCACUCAUAUUGGCUGGCAUACCACCAAUUGUGGGCUCUGCCAUUUUAUUCCUAAUACGUUUCGUUAAAGACGAAUCUCCCUCGAAAGGAAGCAAUGGAACUGUUGCACUAAACAAAUCUGAAAAUGGUACAACUGGAAGCGAAGAAGAUGAAGAUGUGGAAAAAAAUCUAGAAUCCAAACAAAUAGUGCCUUUAAUGAACGGACAUUCCAAAGUCACUGUCAACGGUAAGGGAUCUGUAGAACAUGGCAAGUCUAACAACAAUGAAACAACUGCUACAAAUGGAAAAGCACGUUUGGCAGAUUCAGAAUCUCUAACAGACGUUUUGCCAACGUGUAAUGAAUGUGUUCAUUGAUAAAAUAUUAAAUAAAUUUAAUUUUUGAUAAACCAAAAUAUAUGAAAUACAACUGCCUGUUCCACAAUGUCGAAAGCGAAAUUUGUAUGAAAAACACUCAGUUUUUGAAAUUCUUUCGAAAUUCUUUUCUUUCGACAUCGUGAAACAGGCACCAAAACUCGGACCUACUAUAGUAGUACGCUACCAUCUACUUCACUUAAUUGUAUUUAGUUGAAUAUGUAAUUACUUUCUUUUUAAUAUUGUUUAAUUAAAAUUGUUUUACUCAUAAGAUUACGAAUAUAUAGACAGACAGACACACAUCCACUAGACACUGAUACCAAAAUACAAAAGAUUUUAAAGUAAUUGAAUUAUUUGUUAUUGAUUAACAAACAACUUUAGCCACAGUUUUAACUAAAUAUUAAUUAAUAGUAAGAAUUUUUAAAUAAAUAAUCUUUUUUUUAAAAAAAUCUAUAUAUUUUAUGAUAAA